GUACUUACAUGUACGUACCAAUAUUUCUUUACGAACACGUAGUAAAACAAACAAAAUUCUACGCCAUGUUAGUUACAUCAUGAAAAAUAAUAACUUUAGUCAAUAACAAGGACAAAUGAAUUAGCCAUAUCGCUAAAGAGGGCUACGAAUUUGGUAGGAAAAAACAAUAUCUGCAUUUAUUUAUUGUUAAACUGAGCAAUUAUAUUGAUAACUUAUCAAUGUGAUACGCUAUAAGAAGGGUAUUUUAAAUACCCGGAAAGAAUCUUAUAAUUGGAGGAUCUUUUGGUUUCGGUUCAUUUUAGCAUAACGAUUCGUUACGAACAGUUUUAAAAUAGAAAACGGUUCUAACAGAAGAAGAAAGACCAUAUCAAAAAUGGGAAAGUUCAUCUAUGCAUUACUAUUCCUAUUUGUAUCGGUAAAUCUUGCAUUGGGUCGAUCUGCUGGCUAUAAUUAUCUCAGAAGUAAAAGGGCAGCAGAUGGGGAAGGAAACGACAAUCAAGCAGAUGGAUCUCUUUCAAACUUACUUAACAGUCUACCUUCUAUAAAUGUGGGCAGCAAUCCCAAUGAAAAUGGGCAACUCAUACAUACAGAUCAAGAUGGUAUAAACGUACAUAUACCACUACCGGGCCUUGGGGGUAAUGGAGGAAGUUCAGGAGGCGGAAGCUCAAGUGGAGGUUCAGGAAGUUCAGGAUCAGGUUCCAGUGACGGCUCAGGAAGUUCUGGAUCAGGUUCCAGUGACGGCUCAGGAAGUUCUGGAUCAGGUUCCAGUGACGGCUCAGGAAGUUCUGGAUCAGGUUCCAGUGAUGGCUCAGGAGGAUCUGGAUCAGGUUCCAGUUGGAGUUCUGAUUCCAGCCAACACUCAGGAAGUUCUAGUUCCAGUUGGAACUCAGGAGGAUCUGGUUCCAGCGGCGGCUCAGGAAGUUCUGGAUCAGGUUCCAAUGACGGCUCAGAUGAAUCUGGCUCCAGUGGAGGCUCGGGAGGAUCUGAUUCAAGUGAGGGCUUAGGAGGAUUUGAAUCUGGUUCCAGUGGAGGCUCAGAUGGAUCUGGCUCCAGUGGUGGUUCAGGAGGAUCUGGCUCCAGUGGUGGUUCAGGAGGAUCUGGCUCCAGUGGUGGUUCAGGAGGAUCUGGCUCCAGAGGUGGCUCGGGAGGAUCUGGUUCAAGUGACGGCUCCGAUGGAUCUAGCUCCAGUGGUGGUUCAGGAGGACAGGGUUCUAUUGAAAUCUCAGGAGGAUCGGGCUCCAGCGACGGCUCAAAUGGAUCUGGCUCUAGUGGUGGCUCGGAAGGAUCUGGUUCAAGUGACGGCUCAGGAAGUUCUGGAUCAGGUUCCAGUGGGAGUUCUCAUUCCAGCCACCACUCAGAUAGUUCUAGUUCCAGUUGGAACUCAGGAGGAUCUGGUUCUAGCCACGGCUCAGGAGGAUCUGGUUCCAACCACGGUUCAAGUGGAUCUGGUUCCAGCCUUUCUCACUCAGAAAACGGAGUUUCAGUUUCAAAUUCUAACAAUAAUUCCUUGUUCUCCUUUCUGACUAAUAUCUUAUCUUCUAUAAUACACUUGCCAUACAACUUAGUAUCUGGUUUAUUAAGCGCGGUGUUGCAUUUGGUCUAUACGAUUCUUUCUGGUGUACAUUACCUUUUAUCAUCUUUACCAGGUCUUCUAUCAUCCAUUUUAUCCGGAACUUGGCAUCUUUUAUACAGUAUACUAUCGCUGCCAAUAACUAUACUUUCAGGUGUAUUUAGUUUUGUAUCCAGUCUCCUUUCAGGCAUUCUUCAUGGAGUUGUAAGUUUAUUAGAAUUUAUAAUAGAUUUAAUUCUUGGCUUGAUACGUGAGAUUUUACCUAUAUCGGUAUCAUCGUCGAUAUCAUCAACUGUUAAAGCAUUGUUACCAUCAAUUAUACACAUAGGAUAA